GUGCACAGCAGAAGUGAACAGCCUUGAGUUGAGGAAAUUGUGGCUGGACAGGCAGGGAGGUAGUUCUGCUGUGUCCUGCUGGCUGUUAGCUGCAGAGUCUAUUGACAUCAGAGCACCUGGAGGAGACAGGGGCCCCUUAGCCUGCUCUGUUCUGUGGGGAUGUUGCAGCAAACUGUCCUGUUGUCACUCUUCCUGCUCCUCAGAGCUCAUCAGGGCCAAGGUUGUGCAGGUUCUUCUGAAGAAGUGCUUGGUGUCUCAGGAAAGCCUGUCUGGCUGCGGCCUUCCAACAUACAAACAAAACAUGUUUUUAUUGAAUGGAUGAAGAAGACAGGACAUCAACAGACUCCCCGGAUCGUGACUUGGGAUACUACGGAUCCCAAAAGCUUUUAUAUGUGGUCUAGUGAUAUCUAUGGUUUUGAGUCUGAGGAUUUUGCUCUUAGUAUCAAGUCAGCUAAGCUAAAUGACAGUGGUCACUACCUGCUGGAGAUCACCAACCACCAAAGUGGAAAAGUGUGCACUAAAAACUUCCAGAUUCUUAUAUUUGAUCCUGUUGAGACACCUCACCUGACUGUCCAGUGGAAGCCCUGGGCUAACGGGACUUGUCAACUGUCUUUGUCCUGCUUUGUGCCCAAGGAUGACAAUGUGAGCUAUGCUUUGUACAGAGGGAGCAUGCUGAUCUCGAAUCAAAGGAAUGGUACCCACUGGGAGAACCUGACUGAUGCCAGCAGCCUGCACACAUAUACCUGCAAUGUUAGCAACAAGGCCAGCUGGGCAAACCACACCCUGACCUCCCCCCAGAGCUGUCAGAGUGUCCCUUCGAAAUUCAGUUAUCUGCCCUUUGUGGUAUCCAUCGGUAUCCUCGUUACCUUUCUUCUUGGGGCCAUCGCUUGCUUCUGUGUGUGGAAUAGGAAGAGAAAGCAGUCACAGUCCAUCGCUAAGGAAUCUUUGACCAUACAUGAAUACGUCAAGAACGCACAAGUCAGCAGGGACCAACAAGGACAUUUUAGGGCCUCUGGAUCUUCCUCAGAUGUUCGGGGAGAUGAGAAGGAACAAAGAGAAUCGGACAGACCUCUUUUCCAGGAGCAGAUGGCAGAGCAGAAAUCCCCUGAAGAUGGAGGCGCCAUGUACUCUAAGGUCCAGUGUAAGCCUUCUGCUUCCACAUCACAAGAAAAAUGUACAAUAUAUUCAGUAGUUGAACCUUCCAGGAAGUCUGGAUCCAAGAAGAGGAACCAGAACCCUUCCUUAAAUUGCACCGUGUAUGAAGAGAUUGGAAAGCAAUGGGUCAAACCUCACAACCCUGCCAGGCUGAGCCGCAGAGAGCUGGAGAACUUCGAAGUUUAUUUCUAGCUGUUGGAAGUGGUCUCAUCCUGUGUUACACAUCAGCAUUGACUUUGGAAGGGAGAGCAUCAAAUGAUGAUGAAUCUGUCUGUGUCUGUGGACCAGCUUCUAGGCUGGAGAGGAUGCCGUUAAUUGUGGUUUUAUUUUAUUAUUUUUCUUUUAGAUAGGAUCUGACAUAGCUCAGCAUGACCUGAAUUUGCUAAGUAGCCAAGGAUGACCUUAAACUUUUGAUCCUUCUGCCUAUACUUCUCAAGUUUUGGAAUCACAGGCAUGUACCACUGUAGAUGGCUUGGAAACAAUUUCUAAUAGCCACUGUAUGUCAAGGUUGUUAAAAAAGUCCCCCAAACUUAUAGAUCAGAUAGGAAUGGGUAGAGAGGUUGUAUUGGCCACAUUCUGAGCCAUUAUAACCUAUGAUUUAUGUUUUAUUUUAUUUUAUUAUCAAUUGUAUAAUUUAAAGUUAUACGCCACUGUAUAAAUGUGAAAUAGA